GACAAUUUAAAAAAUAAAAAUGUAUACUAACAACAACACGGUCAGGCUCUUCUCGCGAUACUACCGCGAGAGGAGGAGGGCGUCACAUGACUUCCGCAUCACGUGACUUUGUUUACGUUGCUACUCGCCCGUGGCUAUCGAUAAAAUGGCUCGAAAUGAAGAGAAGCAACAAGGACGCUUAAACAGACUUUGGCUACAGAAAGAGAGAGAAGAGGGUCGACUAAAAGAUGUCCAGGAGCGAAGACCCAAGCUGUGUACACUUAACUCGUCUUCCUCUGUGAAAAAGUGGAUCCCCAGCAUCAAGAAUGAAAUCGAGUAUUAUUUGCAGCAAUCCCAACUUGCACAUUACCCCGAGAGGAAGAUCGCAGAGUUCCAUCAGAAGUUGGAGGCCUUGGAACGGGAGUACAAAAGCUUCGUGACCAAGCUACGAGUGCUUGACCCCACCUGCAAGCACAAGCCCUGGACCCCCAGAGCUUAUUGUAAAAGGAGAGCAGUGGCCCAAGAGUCUACCAGCGUUGGUGCGGCACGGUGGACGACUUGUUGGAGCGUCUGCCUCACAGUUCUGAGGACCAGGGUUCAAUCCCUGGCCCCGCCUGUGUGGAGUUUGCAUGUUCUCCCCGUGCCUGUGUGGGUUUUCUCCGGGCACUCCGGUUUCCUCCCACAUCCCAAAAUCAUGCAUGAUGGAGGUCAGCAGCAGGAGCAGCAUCACCACCUGGAACAGCUACCCAGCUGGUCCCAAAGGGGUCGAAGGGUGGGCGGCAGCUGCGCGGGUGUCAUUCCUACACUCGCCACCGUUGUCCUGCUGCUGUUUCUCCUGGUGUUUGCGGCACUGGGCUUCGGUGGGUACCUGAUGUACAACAUGCAGUUAGAGUUGCGGGAUGUGAGGAAGAUGUCACGUGAGCUCAAGCAAGCACAGGAGUUGAGCAGAGCCGAGAAGCAAAUCAGUUUGGAUGAAGCUGGAGGGAGCAAAGAGGACAAAAUUGAGGGAGAAGAAAGGGCUGCAGCACAUGUCAUAGGGCGGAUUGAAAAGCAUGUCGUCCACAAAACGCUGCGCUGGGAGCCGCGUGUUGGCGCCGCGUUCACCAGCGACGCAGUGGCUUACCAGGUGAAGGACGGCGCCCUGCGGGUCAGCCAGAACGGACUCUACCAUAUCUACUCGCGGGUGGAGCUCAUCUUCAAGCACUGCUCGCCCACGUCCUCCUUCAUCCACACGGUGUUCGUGAGGUCGCCGUCGGCCCCCGACACCGCCCUGAUGGAGGCCCACCGGGCCGGGUUCUGCUCCCAGCGGAACGAGCUGAAGGAGCGGCACGCCUGGACCGCCGACAGUUACCUGGGGUCGGCUCUCAGGCUCCGCCGGAACGACACGGUCCUUGUCAACGUGUCGCACCCCCAAUUCCUCAGUCACGGGAAUCAAGGCAACUUCUUCGGUCUCUUCAAGAUCUGAUUGGGACACUUUGAGGGCUCGGUACACAAGUGAUGUCAUAAUGUGCCACGAUGAAGAAAGAUGCCUGCAUUGAUGCCCAAAGAGACCGUUAACACUAAUGGGAUGUGUGUAGCAUUAUAUUUAUUCAAUGCAUUCAGCCAUUAACACAAUUCUUUAAUGACUGGGUGCUGUGAUGAAGUAUUUUCUCUAUCUUAAAGCAGAGUUGGGGAAUCCAUUUUUCGUUUCCAGUUUUUACACAUCUUAUUGUUGCCAUAUUUAACUGAGAAGCGACGACAGAGACGCGUACCACAUCGUUGUAUGAUCAAACUAAAAUAAAGUAGUACCCCUCGCCCUUUGA